UCUCCCUCAGAGUGGGGCCUCCUGCUUUGGUAUUAGUAAUAAUAACAGCAAUGAUUAUGAUAACUCCUUGGCUGGUGGUAAUGUAUAUUUUACUGUGUUUUUUUUUUAAACUGUUCCCCACUCCUUUCCCACGUAGGCUCAUAAGGCAGAACUUUGUGUUUCUUUCUUUUGUUUGUUCUGUCCCAGCGGAGGCCUGGUAAGCUCUGGCUGAUAAGAUGGAUGAACUUGAACAGGUGGUGGGUUUCCUAUGGACAGGGCUCACGCUCUGCAUUCUGUUUCAUAACCUGCUUUCUCACCUAAUGCAUUGUGGCCGUCCCUUCCUGUCACUGGCAGUCCUUUAGAAAGCACAGAGCGCCCCACAGGCAGUCAAAAAGGAAAAGUACCAGAUGGGCCAGGCCUUUUCAUGAAGUAGGACCUGUACUUUAGGCAUCCCCAUUUUACAUAUUAAUACUUACAAAAGGGAUCAGAGAGGCCGAGUAACUUGCCCAAGGCCCCCACAGCUGUUUGUGCCAAAACCUGUGAACCACCACACUAGACUCAUCAGUGCAAUGGAAAUGAAAAAUAGCCAUGAGAUACCAUUUUACCCAUGUGUUUUGGGGUGCUUGCCCUGUGCCUGAUGGCCUCACCUUCAAAUUUCUCACUCCCCAGUCUCCCAGUUGCUGGGAAAGGGUCCUACUGCCCACCGGAAGUAAGCCUUCUUGCCUCCUGCUUUUCCACCUGGUGCAGCCUCCACCAGCUCUUGCCGGGACAACAGCAGGGGCCCCCUAGCUGGCCCUGAGCCCAGUCCUGCCUUUCGAUGCCAUGUGCUCAAUUCUAAGGGCAAGAUGCCUGGUGGGGGGGCCUGGCUCCACAUGAAUGGGCAGUGGGUGGCUUGCCCUCUGAACCAUGCGGCACACAGCUCACGUGGCCACCGCUGACACUGAACCGAGCCUUCAGUGAGCCGCCUUGGUCAUCCCGAGACGAGGGGUGCAUCCUCAGCCCACCGGUCACCCGUGCCUCACCAUGCUGCAGUCCCUGCCCCUCCUCCUACGUGACCACACUGCCCAUGGGGUGCUGAACCACUGCAGACCAACUCGAUUACUUGCCCAAGGUCCUCCAGACUAUGAGAGACUGAGCUAGGGCUCAGAUCCUGCCCAGACCUGGCUGCUGCUCGAAGGGCCCCUCCAGAAGCAGGGCCUGGAGGAGGAAACCUGACUGUCCUUUCCCCUUCACUGGUUGAGGGCCACCUUGUUCGGCCCAUCUUUACCCUUCUCACUGGCCCAAACUCGGCCAUGGUUGCAGCUGCUGCCAUCCCAGGCCCUGAUGCCAGCCUUGCUCUGGCACAUCCCACCCAGUGGGCACAUGCCCAGGAAAGGGACUAUCACCUCAAGGUCUUCAGAUAGCAGCCUGGUGCACAGGGGUAUAAUAGGGAGCCCUGCAGCAGGCAUCCCACACCUCUCUGAAGGCAGCACCAUGAACUUCCUUUGGCUUCUCUCCUGCUGCGCCCUCCUGGGCACAGCCUUUGGCUGCGGGGUCCCCGCCAUCCAACCUGUGCUGAGCGGCCUCUCCAGGAUCGUCAACGGAGAAGAAGCUGUCCCGGGCUCCUGGCCCUGGCAGGUGUCCCUGCAGGACAGAACCGGCUUCCACUUCUGCGGGGGCUCCCUCAUCAAUGAGAACUGGGUGGUCACCGCCGCCCACUGCGGUGUCACAACAUCCGAUGUUGUCGUGGCUGGGGAGUUUGACCAGGGCUCAAGCUCUGAGAGCAUCCAGAAGCUGAAGAUUGCCAAGGUUUUCAAGAACUCGAACUACAACUCGUUAACCAUCAACAACGACAUCACCCUGCUGAAGCUGUCGACGGCGGCGAGCUUCUCCCAGACUGUGUCCGCCGUGUGCCUGCCCAGCUCCAGUGACAGCUUCGCCGCCGGGACAAUGUGCGCCACCACGGGCUGGGGCCUGACUCGAUACACCAAUGCCAACACCCCUGACCGGCUGCAGCAGGCGUCCCUGCCCCUCCUGUCCAAUACCAGCUGCAAGAGAUACUGGGGCACUAAGAUCACCGACACCAUGAUCUGUGCGGGCGCCAGCGGUGUCUCCUCUUGCAUGGGUGACUCUGGCGGCCCCCUGGUCUGCAAGAAGAACGGAGCCUGGACCCUAGUGGGCAUCGUGUCCUGGGGCAGCAGCACGUGCUCCACAUCCACCCCCGGCGUGUAUGCCCGCGUCACUGCUCUCGUCAACUGGGUGCAGCAGACCCUGGCCGCCAACUGAGCCCCCAGCUUCACUCUGGCCUCCCUGCCAACCUUGCUCCUACGUAGCCCCAAUAAACUGGUGGAAGACA